ACGGUCUGUAGGAGGACGGGACGGUCAUUGAAACCAGUGGGAAAACUUCAACUAUUAAAGGGUCACUCUUUUCCCUGCGCAACGCUGGAAAAUGAUAUAUUUCGGAGUGCAAAUAUAUCCUUUUUAGUAAAAUGGCUUCUUUCAGAGCAGUUGUUAUUCUUUUACGAGUGAACCUGGCAUCAAACGUCGCCUUUUGACCGGGUUCGUUUUGGACUCGCCGGAGCUCUCAAAAUAAAGUUUUACAUGGUGCCAUUUAACCUGAAGCAGGACAGCGCGCCACGGGAAUCAGAAAUGAGAGCAGGGCCAGCACUGUUCUGCGCGUUUUGCAUUGGAAAAUACUUCAAAUGGCUUGAUACCUGUUCCUCGGCUGAUGAACUGCUACUGUGAUAGAUAAUAGCAGGUUGGACGGACUUUGGCUACCAUUACGCACAUUUAAAAUUGGAUAGGCGAUUGAGGCUCCAAUCCAGACACACUUGGGACUCCGGAGAGCAUAGCGGGACAACACCAUGAGCAGCUGCUGGUUUGCCUUGGCCGGAUUGUGGUGGAGCGCUUGUUAUUGCAUGUUCCUGGUCGCGGGGAGUAAUUAUUUAUUGGAUGGAAACAACGAAGUGCACCCAGGGUUCAUCCACCGGCGACUGCGGACGCACGAAAAGCGGGAGAUGCAGAAGGAGAUCCUGUCCAUCCUCGGACUGCCGCACAGACCGAGACCGCAUCUGUCUCACGGAAAAUACAACUCCGCUCCCCUCUUCAUGUUGGACUUAUACAACACCAUAUCCAGCGAGGAGAAAGACCAAGUGGAAGGGAUGCUGGACCGAUAUCAGUCCAUGCUGACAACCCAGGGCCCUCCUCUGGCCACAUAUCAGGAAACUGCCUUUCUAAAUGAUGCCGAUAUGGUGAUGAGCUUUGUCAAUUUGGUGGAGUACGACAGGGAGCUCUCUCCACAGCGGCGUCACCACAAGGAGUUUAAGUUCAACCUCUCGCAGAUCCCCGAGGGCGAGGCUGUCACCGCAGCCGAGUUCCGCCUCUACAAGGAGUGUGUGAGCCGCGCCUUCCGCAACGACACCUUCCUCCUCAAAGUCUACCAGGUGGUCAAGGAACACCCUGACAGAGAGGCGGACCUGUUCCUGCUGGAGUCUCGCAGGCUGUGGGCGGCGGAGGAGGGCUGGCUGGAGUUUGACAUCACAGCCACCAGCAACCUGUGGGUGAUGAGCCCGGUGCACAACCUGGGCCUGCAGAUCAGCGUGGAGACCAGCAGUGGGCGGAGCAUCAGCUCCAAGGAGGCCGGGCUUGUGGGUCGUGACGGUGCGCUGGAGAAACAGCCCUUCAUGGUGGCUUUCUUCAAGGUCAGCGAGGUGCACAUCCGCACCGCCCGCUCCACCGGCAACAAGCGUCGCCAGCAGAGCCGCAACCGAUCCACCCAGCCGCAGGAGGGGAACAGAGGGCCGAGCCCGGCAGAUUACAACAGCAGCGAUCAGAAGACAGCCUGCAGGAGACACGAGCUCUACGUCAGCUUCAGAGAGUUGGGCUGGCAGGAUUGGAUCAUCGCUCCUGAGGGAUAUGCAGCCAACUACUGUGACGGAGAGUGCUCGUUCCCCCUCAACGCCCACAUGAACGCCACCAACCACGCCAUCGUGCAGACACUGGUGCAUCUGAUGAACCCCGAGAACGUGCCGAAGCCGUGCUGCGCUCCGACCAAGCUUCACGCCAUAUCGGUGCUCUACUUUGACGACAACUCCAAUGUCAUCCUGAAGAAAUACAAGAACAUGGUGGUGCGGGCCUGCGGCUGCCACUGACGCCGUGGACGCCGCCCGGCUCGCGGUCGGGGCUGGAACCAGGACGCAAAUCCAGCAACAUGGGACUCCUGGGUGAGGCUGCCAUUAACUAGACACCGGUUUCCCUGCCCAGUUCCUCAGCCUGCAAGGAACUGCCACCUUUAAAGAGAAUUUACCUUUGCUCUUCCAGCCAUCUCGGACAAUUGAGUCAAUCCAUCUUUUAACAUGAACCUUUGUCUUUCAAAGUCAAAAAGCGAGGCGUGGAGACUAGAAUCUGACACUGUGUGGGUGUCGUCUUAAAGGCAACUAAUCCCUGCUCCAGAGUUGAGCCACCAGGUUGUCUCUCACCUUCCCUAUCGGCUGUGGGGUGGCGUCUUCGCUUGGCGGGUCUGCAGGAGCGUGAAUGCCUGUGUGUGUGUGGGGAGGAAGUGUUAUGUUUGUAUAUUAUGUGUUUAUGUAAGUAUAUGUACGUGUGCCUGAGAGGCUACCGCCCCUUCUCCCUCACUGGGAGGGUGAGGGGGGAAACUGAACUGUCGUGGGACCAGUCAGAGUGCUGCUUUCCUUCCCCUCUCUUCUCCCAACAAAAUGGUGGAUCAGUUCUCAGAAGACCCUUCCUUAAUUACAGAGGAGCGAAUUCUCUAACGCGCAUCACCCCGGGGAGCUGACUCAGUGUUAUCACGAUGCAGAAAAAACCAACAGUAGGGAAUGACAUCAUCCAGUCAGAUUGUGCAUAAAUGCUUUGUGUCAGAUGUGGAAAAUAAUCCAAGCCCGAAUUCUUUACAAUGCAAACGCACGGUUUAGGACAAACUAAAUCCAAACAAUUUAAUAUUAAACGGAUGAUACUUUAGAGUCAGUAGAGAUCCAUAUUUCCUUGCCCUUUCCCAAUGUAUUUUUUCUCAAGCCAUAUUUGCCUUCCUAAAAUAUAAUAUGGACUGAACCAAAGUGACCGCAGGCUAUUUUAGUAGUGAACUGCUCCAAAUAUCCCCUCCGUGUCAAUAUUUGCCAGGCUCACGCUGAGCUCCGAUUCACUGAGCUGGUUCAACAUGAUGCAUGUUGUGGCUAAACUGAUGUUUUUCUCCAAAGAACCGAAGAAUACAGCCUUAUCCCUCUGACAUACCGCAAAUGGCCAUUUCCAUGUCGCUGCACUCGCAAAGUUAACAAACGCUUCCACCCCUGACAACCCAUCAAGAGAUUGUGGAAAAACAUUUAGUUAGUCAAAAACAGUGGACAAAUUGGUUUCUGUGCCAGCUUUCUGAAAUUAGCCCUUUGCUUUUUCAACACCAAGGCUAAAAUUAUGUCGAGAUUUGUGUCAAGUGGCAGUUUAUCUCCGGUUGAACAUGUUACUGUGAGCUUUGUCUUAGAGUACAGUGUCUUUGAAUGACAUGGGUUUUCAUAGAGAACAUAUUUUAAUGAAAAACUAAUACCAAUAAGAAUCAAAAAUACCUUACGUGCCUAACCAAUCAGAAUUUACAAAAUAUACCUCUGGUAAGCUGCUGUUUACAUUUGUGAUCAUGUUUAGACUGUUUUUGUGUAAAUACUUGUACAUUUCUCAGCUUAUUUAUUGCACCUUUUAUUAAAAAGAAAAUCACAUACCAUAUUAACAGAGACAGAUACGAGAACAAAAUGAAAAUACAAAGUUAUUUUUGGAAAAAGAAAUUUUUAUUACGAAAUCUCAUGUUACAAGUUGCCAUUAUUCUCUCUUUUUUUUGUACAAAAUUCAUGGGGAGUGUACAACCCAUGACACAAGAAAAAAAAUUGCUUUGUCACUGGAGUUGCCUUGACCAUGUGCUAUCCAUAAAAACUUUAACUGACAAAAAAAAAAAAAAAA